ACCAAGACUACGUCUUAGUAGUCUUAGUAUCGUUUAUCUGUACCUAGUCUCUCUUGCGUUCUUUGUGUUUCUGAUUUUCACACUCAUAUUUUUGUCUUCUGUGAGACACCGAAAAUCCAUUUUAAUUUAGUUCAUUUCCAUUUUAGGUCUCAGUGCUUGGCUACUAGGUCUCAGGGAACAUAAUGGAGUUUCCUGCUUCUGACGGAUAUAUCCAAGAAAAAGGACUUUGCACCUGAAGACUUGUGCUGUUUCAAUACAGCAUGGGGUUAGAUGUAAGACUUGAAGUCAGCAUGUCUUUGAAAUGUGGGCAUCUCUUCACACUCUUCUUCUUUAUUGUGUCCGUCACAGGAAUUCAAGACCGAAGCAGGCUAAAUCCAUCAGAGUCCCUUCCCGCUAUCAGCUUAACAAACCUGCCAAACCCACCAAAGCAGAAUUCGGGGGUGAGGACUAUGUAUGAAAUGGAAAAGCAUCGCAUCAAGAGGUCAGAGUUCUUCCAUUCAGAGGUGAAAGUAUGUCCACAGGAGACAAUGAGGGAAGUCAUAGCAAGCCAUCAAACAUACUACACACUGAGAGUUUGCCAGGAGGCUGUAUGGGAGGCGUUCCGGAUCUUUCUGGACAGAAUUCCGAGCAGCUUAGAGUACCAGAAAUGGGUCCACAAAUGCCAGCAUGACUCUAUGUGCAUCUCAGAUCUCGCCAUGAAUUUCAGCAAUUCACAGGAACACUUAGACAUGAUCUACAGGAGGGUGAAUAUGAAUAGUGGAAAAUCAGAAAGAAAUAUAACUGGAGAACCAACAACUCAACGACCACAAGGUUCAGAGGAAGUCCUGACUGAAGCAGCAGUAGAUGAAUUUGUUCCCACAGAUCAAUCUACUACUGUCAGCACUACAACAAGCACCUCUACUGCCUCACAGGAGUUGGAUCUUCACAAUGUAGUUCCAGAGCAGCCAGUACAUCAAGUCAUAGAAUUCAGCGUUACACUGUUGGACUAUGGGUAUCAGGAGAUACUGAGAGACACAGAUUCACCUCAGUAUCUUGACCUGUCAAGGCAUCUUCAGGAUCAGAUGCAACAUGCUUUUGCUGACCUACCUGGAUUUAUGAAUGUCAGUGUUUUAAGAAUUAGUGAGGCAGAAGCACGUAAAGGACCUGGAGGACUAUCUGCAGUUUACACAGCUGUAUUUGAGACUACCUCACCUACCAUUGCUGAUGUAAAUCUGGAUAUUGGCACGGAUGUUUCAUCUACAGGACCAAGUCUGAAGGAUAUGAUAGUUAAAGCACUGAGCAAAAAGGCAUCUCUUCUUGAUCUUAAUUCACUGACCUUUGAGACAGGCAAAGACCAGUUCUCAACCAUAUUGCCUGUCACUGAGGUUUCUGAAGACAUUAUAACUGAGCCCUUCGAUCAAGGUUCAUAUGGUGACCUCAGUUUUCCAACAAAAGGACCAAAGACUGAAGUUCAUUUUUCAUCAGAUGACAAUGAGAAUAUUUUGGAGACCAUUUUAGACCCACCUUUGGACACAGACCGCACCACAACAGUAAAACCAGAAUCAGAAACAGUUGAACCUGACAGUGAUGCAGUCAUUAUACACCAGCUUGAAACUAUUGAAGUGGAAACUGGUGAACUCAUAAAGGAAAUUUUUCAAGUUCCACCAGUAGAGGAAGUUCAAAGUGAGGAUGACAGCAAACCGGAUGUUAUUGCUGAUAAAGACAACAAUUUGACUCCAACAUCUUCAGCUGCUGCCUCAGCAAUACCCCCGAGUAAAGAACAGCCUAGAACUACAGAGAAAUCUACACUAGAUAGUGAUUUUAACCUAAACACGAUACCAGAAGAUGACAUCAUAUUUCCCCCAGUAACCACCGCCCACAUUUUGUUCACCACUGCAACAACCAUUAGUCCUAGGUCUGAACAACCAAAGAUGGCUGUCACAACCGACUUUAGCAUCACUCUGCAACCUUCAACUGAACCAAUUGAUCCAAUAACUGAAGUGACAGAUUCUAAUGAAAUUCCAGAGGUGCCUCAACCAGUGGACACUGGAAUGGCAGUAAAGGAAGAUGAGACCAUAGUGGUGAUGGCUGAACCAGAGGACGAGACCAAGUCUGAGGUUGAUCUACCUGAGGUAGAGGUUGUGACAACAGAAACUGUAGAAGUAACUGGAUCUAACAAAGAUACUGAUGUAACUGAAGACGUUGUUUUAGAAGAUCAGGUAUUACGACCUGAAGAAGUGACAAUAGUAACAGAAACUCAUGCUGAGUAUGGCACUUUAGAGCCUGUUGGAACGGCUGUCCUACCAGAACCAGAGCAUGAGAUUGGAAAAUCAACUAAACAGGAUGAAGUAGCAGAACCUGAAGAAAAAGUUUUAGAGGCAGCACCAGAGGUCAUUAUAGAAUCAAAAGAAGAUGUUCGGGAACAUAAAACUGAUGUGGAGAUUAAAGUGAAACAAGAGGAUGAUGUUCAAGCGACCAGUAAGCCAGAAACUGAGACAGUACAACUUGAGGAGGAUCUUCAGUUAACAGAAGAAGGCGAGAGGGUGGAACCUGAAAGAAAAGCUGAUGAAUCCGAACCUGCUGAUGUUGUUGAAUAUGAAGGCAGCAUCAAAACUGAACAGCCCGCUGUGGAGAUCACGAGUGAAGUUCCCAAAACUACUGAAGGUUUAACCAAACCUCCUGCAGAGAUGAUUAAGAUUAGACCACCAGAGAUUUCUGUCACAGAAAUUUACCUGGUUGAGAAUAUUGAUUAUUACCAACCCGAAGAUGGUGAUAAUUUGCCCUUUGUGCCAGAUGACAGCAUUCAACCAGGCAGAGACAUUGGUAAACCUGAACAUGUGGAAGGCUUUGGGGUUGAGGAUCAACUCUCCAGACCUGAGAUUAAUGAGGGAGUUCUUGAGAUACCAGAUCUGGUUACAGAGGACAAAACCUCAGAACCAGAAGUGGCGGAUGUUUUCCCUACUAUACCAGCUCCCUCAGAAUCUCUACCUGAAAUGAUCACAGAGUCCGCUUCGAAGAAAGAUAAGGACUUACAAUCUAUUGUUGGACAUACUGAGGAGCCACAGCUCAAAGAGAUGGAAGAAGACACUCGGACAGAAGAUCUCUUUAUAGAACAAGAAGAGACCACAUCACUACCCAUGGAGAAGCUCGCAACUGAUCCACCUUUGACUGCUUCACCUACAGACUUAGACCUUUUUAAAGGAGUCCUAACAGAUUUAUCAGUCAUUACACAAACACCUUUGGAAAAGGAUUAUGAUUCACCAACUGAAAAAGUGCAAUCAACUGUCGUCCAGGACUUACCGUCUGUUGUUGGAGAUACUGAGGUGCCACCACUCACAGAGACAGAAGACACGCUGACAGAAGAUGUCCUUGUAGAAAAAGAGAAAGAGACUACAUCACAACCAAUGCAGACACUUGCACAUUUGACAGCUACACCUGAAGACUUUGACCUUUUUGAUAUAGUCCCAACAAACGUAUCCAUUGUUAUGCCAACUCCUUUGGAAAAGGAUUAUGAUUCGCCAACUGAAAAAGUAGAAUCGACUGUUGUGCAGGAUUUACCUUCUGUUGUUGGAGGUACUGAGGAGCCAAGGCUCACAGAGACGGAAGAAGACACUCGGACAGAAGAUCUCUUUAUAGAACAAGAAGAGACUGCAUCGCUACCCAUGGAGACACUCGAAACUGAUUCACCCUUGACAACUACAUCUGCAGACCUUGAACUAUUUAAAGGAGUCCUAACAGAUUUAUCAGUCAUUACACCAACACCUUUGGAAAAGGAUUAUGAUUCACCAACUGAAAAAGUACAAUCAACUGUUGUCCAGGUUUUUCCCUCUAUUGUUGGAGGUACUGAGGAACCACAGCUCACCGAGACAGAGGAAGACACUCUGACAGAAGGUGUCCUUGUAAAACAAGCGGAAGAGACGGCAUCACAACCCUUGGAGACACUUGCACCUUUGACAACUACACCUGCAGACUUUGAACUUUUUGAUGUAGUCAUAACAGAUGCAUUUACAGAUGAUUUACCAACUGAAAAAGUACAAUCAACUGUUGUCCAGGAACUUAAUUAUACGAAGACAGAACAUGACAAAGUGCUGAAUGUGGAAACUGAGGAAGUUGUCCCAACAGAUGUAUCAGUCGUUACUCCACCAUCUGUAGAAAAGGAUUACGAUUCACAGACUGAAAAAGUACAACCAACUGUUGCCCAGGACAUUGUAUUUGAGUCAGAAAAUGACAAAGUGCUGAAUGUGGAAACUGAAGACCCAUUUAUCCAUUUAAAAGACUUAGCCACUGAAUUAGACCAAAUAGAUGUAGUAGGUACAGAGACCAUUGACCUCUUGAGUUAUGACAAUGGAUAUUCUUUUCCAAAUGAAGGAUAUCCCUUGGAGACAACAAAAGCACCAUUACUGAAGUAUUUCACAACUCCUUCAAUGACCACCGCUAGCAAAGGCAAAGAACUAGUUGUGUUUUUCAGUCUGCGUGUCACAAACAUGAUGUUCUCUGAAGACCUUUUCAAUAAGAGCUCUGAAGAAUACAGAUCACUGGAAAACAAAUUUGUUGAACUGCUACUCCCAUAUCUACAGUCUAACCUAACAGGCUUUAAGAAGUUAGAGAUCUUAAACUUCAGAAACGGAAGUGUGGUGGUCAAUAGCAAGGUGAAAUUUGCCAAGUCUGUACCGUACAACAUUACUCAGGCUGUCCAGCAUGUCUUGGAGGAGUUUUGUGAUGCUGCAUCCCAGAAUUUGGACAUAAAGAUUGACAGCCAUUCCCUAGACAUAGAACCAGCUGAUCAAGGUGACCCUUGCAAGUUUCUUGCCUGCAAUGAAUUUUCCAAAUGCGUGGUGAACCUCUGGACAAAGGAAGCGCAAUGUUUAUGUGACCCAGGCUACGUAACGGUGGAUGGACUGCCAUGUCAGAGCCUCUGUGUGGUCCAGCCUGAUUUCUGUCUCAAUGGAGGAGAGUGUGAGAUUGUACCAGGUCAUGGUGCCGCUUGCAGAGGCCGAGACCAGACCACCAUACCAGGCCUGACGAAUUAAUCAGAAGAUUUACACAUUGUAAUGACCGUCACUGAGGGGUGGGACGUCACGUCAUGCUGUCUUCCAAUGGUGCUGAUCCAGCCAUUAAAAGACAUUUUCUUUCCAUGACUUCCCUCGAUCCCACAACUCACAAGAGCUGUAGAAUGAGUGGCCCAACAUCCUGAACAGAUGGAGAGCCAAGCUGAACUGCUACUGGUUGUGUUGCUUGUCGUUCUCAUGAGAACAUAAGAAACGAGCAGGUUUUCACACCCAGAAAGGUUUACAGGUUUCCUCACAAUGAGGAAAUUAUUCUUCUGUUUGGUCAUAAUGUUAAAAUCUUCUCAUAGUAUGUGACAAUUUUCUUUUGGUGUAUAAUUACAAAUGGUCUCACAUGCAUAGUGAAUACAUUUUUUGUUUUGUAGCAUGGUUGUCUUGUGAAAAGAACUUUGUUGAAUAAAUUAUUUGAACGAGCAACAACUGUAAAAAGAUUCUAAAAGUUCUAAACAAAACAUUGCUAUAUAUUAGCAUUUAAUAGUUGUUUGUACUAUAUUAAAUAUAUUUUUUUUCUCAUUGUUGUUGUAUUGUGAAACGUUAUAGAAGGUAAUUCCUGAAAUGAGGCUCUCAUAACUCUCUAUGUAUUUUUUUAAUCAUUGGUCACUUCUACAUUUGGUACAAUUGUGCUGAUUUAUAUCUAUAUAAAAUCUCAACUGUGUUUGUUGGAAGAAAACAGACAGCUUUAUAAAGCUGAAUAUCUCAUGCCUACACCAGCACCUUGUUUCGUUUCAUACAAAUCUUGAUUUUGUAUGUAGAAAUAAAUCUCAUUUGCAUAUUGCUCUUAUACAUAUUUGGUCUGAUAUCACAAUUACUUCCCUUUUCUUGUGCAUCUUAUUGCGUAAUUUGCAAAACACACAUUUCAUCGUUGAUUUACAGU